GAGUUGGCAGCAAACUUCACUGGAGAGAUUCCCCUGGGAAGCAGGUGGAGGAUGGGGCUAGAGAAAAAGAAACACCUGGUAAAGGAAGGCACCAGACGGCCUUGGGACCUGCACCACAAGUCCAGAGAGGGAAGACCUGACAAGAGCCGCCCACCUCCAGGAGACACAGGGGAAGCAGAGGGGAGUGAGGAGCCGCCUCACUUGGGAAGGCUCUUAUUCAGUGUGUGCGAGUGUGUACUCACCCGUGCACUAACUCACACACAGAUCCAUGUGUAUUCUCCUAGCGCCACUAGAGACCCAACAGAUGUCUGCAGGCCCCCUUACUAAACGCCUCUAAGUAACCAAGAACAAGGCCUCCCCUGCCGGCCAGCUAUCCCACAGCCAAGGCCUUGAAAGGCAGGUCAAGGGCAAGCAAAGAAACAGACAAAAAGCAGCUGCAUACAGGCCACUGGAAGGCAGAGGUGCCCGGAAGCCAGUCCAGCUAUGGCAGGUUGGGGGAGGGGGGCUCGACCCCCAGUAAAAGCCGCCGGGAACACGGGCCCUCCAUCUUCCCGGAGCCCCCACCUGAUCCUUUACCAGGGUGGCUACUUGUCUUCCCACCCCUUCCUUUUCCUCUUUACAAACUAAGUGUCUUCCUUUCCUUAAACCUUGUCCCUCUCAUUUUUUACCGGGGCGGAGUUUAAGAUCCUGGUGGGCUGUGGGGACAGCAGAGUAGCAGUUCUUGUCCCCAGGAUGCGACAUGUUUGGGUCCCUGGCCGGGAAUCAGAGGCUACAGCAGGCUGGCAGUCCGAGCCUGUGUCAUCAGCCGGAAUUCGGUUUCUUUCCGGCUGUGGUCUCUGCUUCAUUCUCAACACAGUCAAAACUAGACGAGCCCGAGGUCACUGUCCGCUGGGACUCUGCCCAGCAGCUGAAGGUCUACUGUGAUGCAGCGUGGUGCCCACUGCGGCCCCAGCGCCAGCCCGUGUCCCGGAAGCACGGCUGGCCCGACUGAUCUCCAAGGACAGUGUCCUGCAGCAGACGGAGGAUCCAGGCGGGAGAGGGGCGCAGGACAGCGGCAGGGUGCUUCUGCUGGCCACGCAUGUCGCCUGGAACGCCUCGAAAUCCACACCAGGUUGCCCGCUCUCUUCUCCCCGGCUUAUUCUGUGACCCUAGCCCCUCCUCCAGAGAGCCGGUACCCUGCACCUGCACCUGCACCAGAGCCUGCCCGGUGGGACGAGCUGAGAGGAAGACGGGCGCCCCUGCACAGGCUGUGGCCCCAGCUGCGAGAACGCUGCCUCCGCUGGGGGCCGGCGGAAAGAGGGCAUCUCCUCCAGGGGCCGCCUUGGGGUGGGGGCGGGAGCAGCUGCCCACAGCAGGCGUUCCCGCGGCUCUGCGGCGCUGCGGGCUGUGGCCUGGACUUCUGGACUUCCUCGCUGGUUUGCACCACGCUGAGUACUAGCCGGGGCGGAAGCAGCCAGGAUGCCCUCUGGCAAGGGCCCUGCCUCUCCCCCUGCGCUCCUGCAGCAGGGUCAGGUAACAGGCGGGCCAAUCGGCUUAGCUUUGUGGGUCUCCACGGCAACCUCAGCCCAGCCUGCCGGCCUCCAAGCGCACGGGAGGGAGCUCAGCUCCAGCCCAGGGGACUCCGCUCCCCAAGGCCGCCCAGCUGCUUCCCUCAGGCCUCCCUCAGCACUGCAGGCUCCUUUUGGCAGAGCUUUUUGGAGACAGAAGGAGCAAAAGGCGAGAGGCGGCGGCCAGCAGCAGCAGAAAGGGUGAGGAGGGAGACGGAGAGGAUGUAGUCCACCCUCCCAGGCCUGCUUCCUACGCUGCUCAACUUUCUGCUUUUCCUGAUACUCCCAGCCUGGGAAGUAAAAAUCGGGUGUGAGACCAGGACCCCUGGAAAACGAGCUAACAAGGGAGUGUCCGAGAGAGCUCGUGACGCAGGGACAGGCGUGGGACUCCAUGGACGUGAACGGCAGGAGAGCCCAGUGGCAGGGCUGGUAGAGUCUGUGACAUCCCCGCGCGGCCUGCAUGCAGAAUGUCCCGGAAGUAAGGACAUUAAAGAGGGCAGACUCGAGCUGUGACCUUGGCAAGAGAGAGGCCACGGGUGCCUGACACCAGUGUGGCCUGCAGCUCACUCACAGAGGAAGGAAACCCUUCGUUUCAGUUCAAGGUCCCGGCCGACAGCCUGCUCUGUCCCGCAGGCCCGGGGUCAUGUCCCUCUUCCCGCGCCUCCGCCGGAACGAGGCCCAGGCCCGGUCGCCCCGCAGCCCGGCUGAGACGGUGCUGGAGACGCUCAUGAUGGAGCUGGCGGGGCAGAUACGCGAGGCCGAGCGGCGGCAGCAGCGGGAGCGCGGCAGCGCGCGGAGGAGGGUCUGCAGCGGCGCGGACUACAGCUGGCUGGCCAGCACCGCGCGGCAGGCCCACGACCUCAGCCCAGGCGAGCGGCUGCAGCUGGAGGCCGUGUGCGCCAGGAUCCACCCGUCCUACUGCGGGCCGGCCAUCCUCAGGUUCCGGCAGCUGCUGGCCGAGCGGGAGCCUGCGGUGCAGGAGGUGUCGCUGCUGUUCCGCCGCGCGCUGCAGGAGGUGCUGGAGGCCAAGCGGCGGGAGGAGGAGGAGCUGCAGCGGCCCCGCGGCCUGGCCCCCUUCAGGGCCCGCGCGCGCGUCUCCCCCUUCGCCAGCGACAUCCACACGUCGCCCGAGCGCGUGCAGCGGCCCGCACCCCCGCGCACCUGGAGCGCGCCCGACCUCCGGGCGCCCGCGGCCAACUGAGUCCCGCGGAGCGCGGGCCAGAACCCGGCAGGCUUUGCGUGGAGGCCCCGGCCCUGCCUCCCCGGCGGGGCGCUUCCGGGUCGC